CUGUGUUUUAGAAGCUGUCCAGAGGACUUUUAUGUGGUUUUAAUAAGAUGCGCAUGCGCAGGCAAAUACCUUCUAGAAUCGCGUAGCAUUGAUAUUGAUGUUGAUGUCGUGUUUGGCGUUCAUAUCUGGUAUCAGUAGCGAUUUGGACUGAACAUCAUGCAGUUGUUUGUUCGUGGCCAGACUUUGCACUCUAUUCAUCUGAAUGGCUCAGAGACUGUUGCCCAAAUCAAGGCUAAGGUUGAAGCUUUAGAGGGCCUGGCAUGUGAUGAUCAGAUCAUUUCUCUCUGCGGGGCUCCUCUGGAGGAUGACACACUGAUUUGUCAGUCUGGGAUUGAGGAGUUCAACACUCUUGAGGUCACAUCGAGGCUGUUAGGAGGCAAAGUCCAUGGUUCCCUGGCUAGAGCAGGCAAAGUCAGAGGACAGACUCCCAAGGUGGAUAAGCAGGAGAAGAAAAAGAAAAAGACCGGCAGGGCAAAGAGAAGAAUUCAGUAUAACCGACGGUUUGUCAACGUUGUCCCAACAUUUGGUAAAAAGAAAGGACCAAAUGCGAACUCAUAAUUUGCUCUUCAAAAUGACUGUCAAUGUUCACUGCGUUCCUGAAUAAUUCACUUUGGCUGACUAGUAGGACAUUCCUGCUGGGUAAAAAAUGUAAAAGCCAAGUGAUUCAUAAAAACUAAAUAUUUUGGGCACUUUAUAUGCUACAAUUUGAAAAGUAUGCCAUUACAAUGAUGUAAUAAAUGACUAUGUAAUAAAACUGAAUCACUUUGAUGAAAGAAAGAGGUUUUGUAAGUUGCAAAUAAAAACUUUUAAUGAAAUAA